GCAGGAGUCCGCUCAAACGCAUGGCCGGUCCACCGGUACUGUCGCGAGGCGCUGUCGAUCAGGAGGCUGCUGGCGGAGAGCCCGAGCCCCAGCGAUGGUGCGUGGAGGAGCCUUGUCGCAGGAGACCCUUCUUUGGGCCGCCCGGGGGCAAACCAAUGUACUGCGCCCCGCACGCCAGGAAUAAAGAGGGAAUGGUCGAUGUGAGCUCGAGGAGAUGUGAAGCUGUUGGCUGCGCGAAGUGGCCCCUGUACGGAAAUGAGGUGAGAGAUGCGUUUGCUGCCAGGAGGAGAAGUGUAUUGAGAGGAGACAUGGGCGGGCGGCUGGCUUCGCUGGGAGAGGGCAAGCUGUUGCGAUAUGGGUCACAACGUAACUGGCAUUAUCUUUUUCAGGUGGCGCAACAUCACACAUAA